AUAUAAGAACGCAGUCAGAACUCCAUGGCUUAUAGAACCAAACCUUUUUUUCUAUAAGUCAUUGAGUCGAGAACCUUUCCAUCUAAUAUUCUGUAUGGAAAUAUAGGUGAAAAGAAAGGGUUGUGUUUUGAGACGAAAAAAGAAACCGGAUUGCCAAGGGUAGGAUGUCAAAGUUCACCCGACCUUCAAAUUGUGCUUUGAUCUCAUAAACACGUUGCCGGUGCUCUGAAGGUUGUUUUGGAUUCAUCUUUGGAUAGUUAGUGGAAAAGUGGCCUAAGAGAGUCAGGACCAUGUUGUCGAAGGGGAAGAGCGAACAGUCGAAGAUCCGUUGUCCUCAGGGAACGUUGCGGCUGUUCUCCAAGAUGACCAGCAGGAAGGCUCCUUACGAGAGGAUGGACAAGGAUGGGAAAGACAUCAAGAAGAGCAAGAAGGUGGAAGAGAAGAAGGUUGAAGAGAAAAAUAAGGAAAAUAAGCAGAAUGUGAAUGCCAAGCAUGGGAAAGAGAAGAAAAAGAGGAAGGGGUGGAAAAGAGUGAGGCAUGUUGCACUUCUGACUUGCCGCUACAUUGGAAUGGGAGCUGCUCAUAUGAGUCCAGGUACACUCUACACUGCUCCGGAUUACAGUGUUGAUCCCAAGUACUGGAAUCGUCCCUUCAAUCCUCAUUACAAGUCCGCAGCUCCACACCAAACUCCUCACUGGACAAGCAAUAUGAUGUUUUCUGGAUGGUAGGGGGGCGAAAGUUUCACGACCACGAAGCAUGCUGUUGUAGUGACUGAAAAAAAAAGAACUCCAUGAUGGUGAUUGAAAACAUUUUUGAUGAUUUGGAAUCAAAUGCUGAUUGUUGUGCUGGGCAUCUAUAUCAGUGAAACAUUAAGUUUUUUGUGUGACAGAAAGCAAUUUUUUUUCAAUUUUUAUUCGAAAACAGCAAAGUGGAUGAAAAGUGAGAACUGCUGGGGGGAAAAGUCAUGGAAUUACUUCAGAACAUUGAAAAUUUCACUCCAAGGAGCCAGGUGCUGGUAGUAUAUCAGUAGAUAUAUCAUUGAGCAAUUUUCGCAAUAUGUCUGUAAGGCUUGCCCUUAUAAGCCACGCCCUAUUUUUAAGGUCUCGAUCACCAAUAAUCGCAAGCACUCAAAACUGUCUACAAGCUAAUGAAUUGUAAAUUUAUUAGAAAGUAAACUGUUAUCUCUGCUAUACUGGAGGAAAAAGUCCUUACAAGAUAGGACGUGGUUUAAGAAUGCGCAAAUCCUGUACUGGUGGAGAUAACAGCACACGCCUGUGAUUCCAAUGUGUCAUAUGAGACAAAAGGUGAAAAUCCUGUAUGUGUGUGAAGUGUGAAAAGCAACUAAACGUUUCAUUCCACUUGCUUUACUGAUACCGAACCAGUGGAGCAGUGCUGAAAGGAACACGUUGAACAGGCAAGACUUUAUGCAACAAGGCAUAAGAUUUAGUUCCAAUUAUUUGGAACUAAAUCCAAUUUGUUGCAUAAAUUUGGAUACUAUUUCAUUAUCGAAGAGUCGCCCCUAGAAUGCAUACAAAAGCUGAACCUUGCAAUAGCAUAAUGGAAUAUCUGUAAAAAAAAAAAAAAACUGUUGAUGCGUUUUAAUUAGUAGAAAUCUCAAUGUUGAAUUAAUGAAAUACUGACGGAAUGAUUUUACCAGUCGGUUUAAAAAGCUGAUGGGUAAAAUGAUCUUUGAAUAAGGAUUAAAACCUGAAUAAAAUCACUAUAUUUUUUGUUGAUACUGCAAGAGCAAAAUAUUCUUGAAAUGUUCAAGUUUCUGAUUGAUACUUCUUAAGAUAUUUGUGGUUCAGCAACGUUAUGAAGCUUCAAAUGUUCCUCUGUAUAUUAUUGUUACAUUCUUCUAGUUAAUGCAAAAUCUUUUACAUGAUAGUUACUACGCAAUGUUUUUUUCAUGUGAAAGUUUUUGCUCACUUAUUGAUCUCAUUAAAGUAGAAAGUUCUGGAUACAUUCUAAAAAGUAUUUAUCAGAAAAGUUUAUGUAACCAAUGAAACUAUAAUAUGGACCGUCCUAUAAUUGAGAUAGAAAUAAAAUCAAAAGAUCUCUUUUGGAAAAUAUGAGUAAGAUAAAAUGAAGUGAAAUAAAAUAAAAGAAAUUGAGAAAAAAGUAAACAAAGAGAAAUAAAUAAAUAAUUAAAUAAAUGUAAAUGUAUGAAUCAAUAAAAUGAAUAGAAGAAAAUUCGGAUCCAAUUACAUGAGUUGAUUUACAUUUUGAAUUCAAUUAACUAUCAAUUGAUAAUUUGAAUUCUGAAUCAAUUAAUUAUGAAUACCUUAUUUGAAUUUGAAUUCAAUUAACUAUAAAAAGUUAAUUUAAAUUUUGUGUCGACAUUAAUUAUUGUUUAAAAUACUCUGGAUUUCACAGUAAUGAUACGCCGUUUAAAUGGAUGUAAUUUAUUUGUAAAAGUCAAAAAAGGUUUGACUUUUUUUUAAAUUUCAUUUCAAUAUUUGACCAAAGUAAAGGAUUUGUAAUUAUUUUUAAAUUUUUAACAACUUAAUAUUUUUUUUUACUGGGACGAACAAUUUUUUUUUAAAUUCAACCUUUUUUCAUAGUUUCUUUCUUGUGAUACAUAUGUCAUUCAUAUUUGUUCCCUAGUAAAUGUCUUUUUGCUCCGAGUUCGAUUUCUUUCAUUAAUUAUUAACUUAAACUUAAUAAUUAUUAAUAAGUAAAAAGUACUUAAACCCUAGUCAUUGCAUGCAAUGAAUUUUUCUCUCAUUUUAAAUAGAUUCUCAAACUAUAUAUCGUCUUUCUUUGAUGAGUUAUUAAGAAUUGAACUUAUUUAAUUGAGUGCAAAAUACCAAAGAGCAUUCUUUGACACAUAAAACCAUUUUGACGAGUCAAUUCCCUUAGGACAAAGUUGUAAUCAAAAUCCAUACCUGAAAUACGUUUUUCAUUUUUUCGUUAAAAACUUCGUAGAUUAUGUUGUAUGAAAUUGGAUAUUUACAUAAGAGAAAUUUUAAACUUUAUUGCACGUUUUUAAACAUAAAUAUUGCACAGUCAAUUUCAAAACCGUAAUUAAUAAAAAUAAAUAAAUAAACAAAUAAAUAAAUAAGAAAAGCGUUACUAGUUCAAUGAACAUUCAGAGUAUUUCAUUAAACAAAUAUUCUAAAUGUACAAAGCGACAGAUUUUUUAGUUACUGCUUGCUUUGCAAAGAUAUUAUCUUUGCAACUGCAAGUUAAUGAAAGAAAAAGUACAGAAAAGGAAUGAGAAAAAAAAACUGUACUGUUGAUCUCCGUUUCAUUCUUCAAUAAAUUCUUAUAAAUACGGCGAAGUUUGAAAAGAAAAAUUCAAGACUGAGUAUAAUAUUUGAUUAGUUAAAAAAUUUGUUUCUGAAAAAUAACCUAUGCAUAAAAGAAAGGUAAAUUUAAAAUAGAAACGAUGCAAUAUUUAAAAAUUCAUUUUAGUACUUUUUUUCUUUUUUUUUU